GCGUCCUCGACAGAUUCCCUCCCCCAGCUUCGGGCUCGUUCCCAUCACGCCCAAGCCCCGAGCAGGCGAAACUCGGCCUGGAAUUCCAUUCUCGAUGCGACAACUCAUCAAGAUGGGACGCAACUCGCUUCUCCUGCUGUGGCUGCUGUCUCUGGUCGCUCACCUGUCCGGCGCGACCCCCGUCGGCUUGCCGAGGGGGGUCACGGGGCCGCGGUCCGCUGUGGGGCCCUGCGGCGACAUCGAGGAGGAGGAGGCGGCGGCUCGACUCGCCACGCACGAGUCGUCUGUCCGGGCCGGCCCCGGGUCGUCGUCGUCGUCAGCGCCGGUCUCCUUCAAUCCGACGGGCCUCGUGCUGAUGUGGCGGCUUGGUGAGCGGGCGGAGGAGGAGAGAAGCAGCAGCAGGAGCAGCAGCAGCAGCAGGAGCAGCAGAGGCGGUCGAGCGAGCGGAGUGCGACGCGUGCAAAGACGUCGCUCGGUGACCGAGAAGCAGCUGAUGAACGACAAGGCGCACAACCUGUACGCGCGUCAACGUCAGCUGUGGCUCAAGAGCGUCAUGGGCCACCUGAACACGGCACGACGGGGCCUUCCCGCGGGCGCGGCGUUCCACGACUGGAUGGGCGGUGCGAUUGGUCUGGAUGAGGUGGCCCCGUCAGGGGACCUCGCCGCCUCGUCCUCCUCGUCGUCCUGGGAGGACGCGUUCGGGUCCGAGGAGUCACCGGACUUUCGCGGAGAGCACGGCGCCUAAGAGCGAGGAUCUCCCUACUCCUCCCUUCCGGGAAAGCGCCACCGCUUUUCCGGCUGCCUGCCGCAGUUCUGCCGCUCUCACCUCUUCCGUGCCAGCUUGUCACGCCAGACGUGGUCGUCCUCGUGGGCAAGCAGCGAUAGUGACAGCCUCGUGGUCAUCGUCAUCGUCGUCGUCGUCAUCAAUCAGGCAUCGUCAUUAUUUAAUCGUCUUCAUCAGCGCCGUGUCGUGGGCCUCCUCGUAAUAAUCGGAGAAGUGCGUAUUAUUAUUAUUAUUUAUAUAAACAGCGUAUGCGUGUGUGCGUGUAAACUCGGAAAUACCAAAAGCCGCGAUGCCAAAUUAAAUAUUCCUUCUUCGUUGCCACUUGAUCUCGUUCGUACGAAGCUGUCGUCCUCCAGUGGAGAUUCUGUCUUUCGGCAUUCCCCAUAAAAAAAAAAAUCAUUCGCCGCGUCUCCAGAAGUCUCAGUGUUGGACUUUUGCCGGAACGAUAGACGUCACUCGAAGGCCCUCUCAGUAACUCUUUUCAUUUUUUGUUCAAAUUUCAGCCACAGUCGUACGAUAGUUCACCUCCCAGCAUUAAGCCGAGAGGUUAAACGAUUGUUUUUUUUUGUUUUUCUAUCGCUAAAUAAAGAGUUCGGUGGAAUGUUGGAAAUUUGACGCCGAUAAGAUAGGCAAUGCUCAUAAUUUAUUAUUAUAAUGAUUUUGAUUCCGCUUGUAUCUCCACGGAAGCCUACUUUUUCCAGGGAUUCCUGCCUUUAGUCAGGAAGUGAUGCCGCUGCUAACUGUGUGAUCCCAUACUCUUAAGCUUUUCGGCAAAGUCACGUAGGUAAAAAAAAAAUAUAAUUGAAAUAAUAAUAGAAAUAAAAUAAUAAAUCACGACGUUUCGGAGGCAACACAAGUCUCCGUCAUCAGGUGGGACCGUCACAGCCAGAUUUGCUGUCUCAAGUGAGGCAAAAUUCCAAGAGACAAGCUCUUAAAUACAAGUUUAAAGGGGGAGGGGCUUAUCUGAAUGUGGAAGCCAAUGAGUGAAACGUGUUGGGGGGGGGCUAAAAGAGAACAGCUGGCGCAACUUAAAUUUCGAUUUAAAGCUUUCAUGACUGCAGGGAUUCAUCUUCUUGGUUCUUUCGGUAAAGUCACGUAGAAGGGAAGUAAGACAGACGCUGUCUCCCCGACAGACCUGGUCUUCACCUGAGGGCGGCUGCUUGCGUUGUGGCCGAAACGUCGUGAGAAUUAUUUUAUUAUGUUUCAUUUUUAUUAUUUUAUUACUUCCCUUCUACGUGACUUUACCGAAAGAACCAAGAAGAUUGGCGCAUCUUGUUGAUUUUUUACCCGAUGUCGGUUGACAAUCCAAAUACUGUGUGAUCCCAAUUUGGCACUUUGUAAGAAUAAGUCCUGAACAUUGGGAUCAUUAGGCCAAAUCAGCACGGUGCAACCAUUGCAACUUAUGCACGGGAGAAACCCAACAUCCCGGAGGUAACCCACUGUGCUAACAGGUGUAGAACAUACAAACUCCACGCAGAAAUGUGCCCGCAGUGGGAAUUGAACCCAGGCCCUUUUUGCUGUGAGGCACGAGCAGUUGCCACUGCCGGAUCGCGAAAAUGUCACACCGGGACAUCUGACAUUCACGGUUCACUUUUAGAUUAUUCCACCGUCUGACUUUAGGAUUAUUUCCCGUCCUUUCUGAGCCUCGGGUGUUGGCGAUGACUCUGGGUUUAGCGACGCUUUUCAGCUGUAGCAGCCGGCACUCGGUACGCACAGAAAGCUCGGGUUUGAGCGAAAUGUCGCCACACGCUGAUGUGAAAAACACACUCGAGGCAAGGCUGAAGCCAUCACCGGUGUGAGGAGGGGGAGGAGCUGUAUCGGUCAGAAGUUGAUCGAGACGCUGGCACGUAUAAAUAAUACUCUUAGGUUUUUUUCGGUAAAGUCACGUAAGUAAAAAAAAACGAAUCCUUGCAGUCACGAAAGCUUCACAUCUAGAACGUAUAAAUAAUAAUGAUCCUUUUCUAUUUUUCCCUCCGGGUGGCAGAUGGUGAGUGGCAAAACAUUUUGGCGUACAAAUUAGCACCACGUGGCCCAGCCCGAAAACAAAUGUGCAUCAAGUCAUCGUCAAUUGGUUCGAAAGUGGCUCCGUGCGAAGUUGAGCAGAGAGAGAGUUGAGGCCCUUCAGAUGCAAGCGGCUGUGCCAGUUGCAUUGUCGUUUGUUCCGUUUAGCCGAAGGAAUCUCAAUUCCACCCCCCACUCUCCCCCCCAAAAAAAUGUAUCCCUAAAAUGCCCCAAUCCUCCUGCGAUAAUUUAGCGGGCAUUUUCUCUCGACGAUUUUGUUUUUGUUCGACGCACUUUAUACGAAAACCAAAACUGGUGCAUUUAUACGGAAAGUAGUUCUCGCGAGGCUGUGAACCGUCUCCCUUGUGAUUGCAACGUUUUUAACCUCGUGGGCCAAAUCGUUGUGCUUCUUUUUUUCUCUCUUCUCACAUUUGCCCAUUUCUGCUCUGGAACAAAACAACAACAAAAAACCCCGAACUCUAAACAGAAAGAGGGCGAACGUAUUUACGGAACGCUUUGCACGCCCCUAUCUAUUGCUCACAAGGCUCUUCUCGUGAGCGCAAUGCAUGCUGGGAUGGCGCGGUUCGACCCACCUCUUGCGAGCCCCAACGGACGAUGUUUGUCAUCAGUCCUUUAGAGUUCCGUGUUACGUUUGCUGCUCGCAUCGAUACCAUGUAGUUUGUGGCGAGAUGUUAACUACCUCGCCUGUUAUACGGGCGGUCGCGGGUUUCAAUGCCGACCGUGGCGCCUGUAUAUUUGGGGUUUGCGUGCUCUCCCCAUGGUCAUGUGGAUUUUUCUCCGGGUCCUCCGGUUUUUCCCAACGCAUUUAAACCAUAAACCGUAUUUAUUUUAAAUGUAACAUCACCUCCACUCCAGGGAGGGGGGGGGGGUAUCAAAACAUUUCACGAUUAAAUAAAAAGCAAGCACAAUGAAAAUCAUGUUUAAGUAAAAGCCACGAGAAACAAGUCUUGCAAUCCCUCCCAAACGCGCCGAGGCUCUCGUUGGGUGUGCCGGAUCACCGCCGGCGAGGCAUUCCAGAUCUUUGGGGCCACGCUUAAGAAGCCUCCUCUAGCCCCUUACCCCAGCUUCGAGCAGAAGAGCUGAGGCUGGGAGAGUCUUUGUGGUGACAGGGUCCUGCUCUGGGGAGCGACGUCUGUCAACAAGGCCUAUGGUCUUCUUGGUUCUUUCGGUAAAGUCACGUAGAA